GUUUCUGUUGUUUGGGGGAAGCCAUUGUGUGUAGGACCCGGAUGUCCUUCCGGCUUUUCAUCAUGGAGGCUUCCAAGGAGAGGGAUUCCUGAAGGAGACUGUUUGUUCGUACAUCUGUCAAUUGAAAUGUUCUGUUUCCCGAGAGUCAGUGUGAUGGAUCUACAAUGAAGUGUGCCCGCUGCCUGCUCCAGCUGCAGGGUCUCCGGCUGCAGGGUCUCCAGCUGCAGAGUCUCCAGCUGCAGGGUCUCCAGGGACAGUCCGCCCGGUCUGCAGCCCAGCAUGGAGCUCUGCUUCAGUCCUCCUCUCAGCCUCACAUGCUGCGAAACACCCAGCACCAGGUGAUAAGGCGUUUCCACAGGAGCCCAAUAAAUGACAAGAAUCAACCCAUCCCUGCAGAGUUCAUCGAUGAGGACGACAAUAAAAAGGACAAGUCUCUGGUCAUCCAUGACGACCUGUUUGAGCAGGUUGCCAGGGAGACCAAAACCAAGGCCACGUUUAACAAAGUGGUGGAGGUGUUCAUCAAGCAGGACGUGAGGCGCCGCGGCCACGUGGAGUUCAUCUACGCCGCUCUGCAGAAGAUGCCGGAGUUCGGCGUGGAGAGAGACCUGGCCGUCUACAACAAGCUGCUGGACGUCUUCCCCAAAGAGGUGUUUGUGCCCAGGAACUAUAUCCAGACCAUGUUCAACCACUACCCCCGGCAGCAGGAGUGUGGAGUGUACCUGCUGGAGCAGAUGGAGGGCUAUGGUAUCAUGCCCAACGUUAACACCAAAGUCCUGCUGAUCCAGGUCUUUGGAGUGAAGGGCCACGCCGUGAGGAAAUACCAGCGCAUCAUGUACUGGUUCCCAAAAUUCAAACACACAAACCCCUACCCCAUCCCCAAGAAUCUGCCGGAAGACCCCGUGGACCUGGCACGCUUCAGCCUGGCCCGCAUCGCUGAUGACCGGGACGCUAAAGUCACCGUGUAUCAGCUGGCCUGCACAGACAUCACAGAGAGCGGAGAGGAGAUCACACUUCCACAUGUAGUCGGUAUCCAGAGCCCCAGCCAGAUGGAGCUGCUGGCCCAGCACAACCCCAGCCGGCCCGUGUUUGUGGAGGGCCCCUUCCCUCUGUGGCUCCGGGACAAGUGUGUGUACUACUACGUGCUCAGAGCGGACCCCGUACCGCCUGAGGAGAAGUGGACGAGGGGGCGGUGUUCGCCAUGUGUAUGACCAGCCAGGGAGACCAGGCUGUGCUCAACCAGUGGGUCUCCGGCCUCCAGCAGAACAACCCCAUCCUGGGCCGGGUCGCCACUCUGUUCCGCCUAGAGCAGGGGCCCCGCGAACUGCAGGGGGCCCAUAAAACAAAGUCAGACCACCAGCACAGGCAGGACCCCCAGACCCAGAGAGAGGAAGAGGAGGCAUCAGUGGAGGAAGAGCUGAGGAGAAGCCAGGGGAUGAAGCAGUGAGCAGACUAAAGACUGACAGAAGACUCAUAACACACUGUAUAUGUGGGUUUAUUUAUCAAGAUAUGUCCAUGCUGGGGAGGGGCUGGAUCAGAUUUCAACAGGGGUACACCAACUCAGCAGUAAAUAAAUAUAAUUUAAAAGAAAUGUGUGAUGAUUUGUUGUCCACAUUUGAAAUCAUCUUAAGCAGUGGUUCCCAGGAUGAUGACAUCAAAGCAACAAAAUACAGAUUUCACAUACACAAAGGUAUUUUCAUGGUUUUCUUGUGAUCUUAUUUAUUUACUAUU